AACGAAAUUGUAGAUUUAGCAGCAAAAAAAGCUCACAACACGAUGAAUCCCAUGAACAUACCUCAUGACACUGGAAAUAUCAUAAAAGAAAUUAAAACAAGCAGUCAAAAGAACUGGGAGAAUGACCUAAAUAACAUUCUAAUCACAAAAGACUAUUUAAUAAAAAACAACCAACCACAACCGUGGACAAGAUCAAAAAACAGGAAGUUAGAUGCUCAGAUCUACCACCAACUAAAAGGUACUACAUUUUGAGACACAUGAAGAUAUUUUUACAGCGAACAAAGAUAACUGACUACAUAUAAGCUACAAAGAAAAUCAGAAGAAAAGGAUCCAGGGGAUAUAGACAAUAAUAGUCUAAAACCCUAUAAAAAGAAGAAAGAAGAAGAAGAAGAUUGUUAAGUCUCCAGUUGCCCGUUGCUGCACCAUGGAUCCCACUUUGCUGGAGAAAUUGAGCCAAUAUUGUGACCAAGUGGUGGGAGACAGAGUUGAUACAGGAUGUGAAUUGCAAAGGAAAAGCAAAAAAAAUAAAAAGAAAAAGAACAAGCGCAACAUAAUGACAGAUGAAAGCAUUGAAGAGACAAAUGAAGAAUCACCAGUAAAGAAAAAGAAACGAAAAGAUAAAAAAGGCACAAAGGAGUCAGAAGUAGAACACCUUGCUUCUAAAGAAGUGAUUUCAGAUGUAAAGAAGAAAGAGAAUAAGUUUUGUAAUGAUGACACUGACACUUGUGAUAGUGCAAGCAAAACUACUAAGCAGUAUAUAGAAAAUGUCAAAACAGUUAAUGGUGAAAAAUUUACAGAUGAUGGCUUCAAAGUUGUGUCGUUUGUACCUGAUGAUGAUUCAGAUAUUUCUGAUGCAUUUGAGUCUGACAUUGACAUGGAAAACUGGUCUUCUCCAAAAGCUCAAAAUAAGGUUGAUGUGAGACAGCCACCAAAAGUACAAACGAAAGUUGAUGUGACACAUCAGCCACUAGCAAAGAAGAAAGAAACUAAGAUGACAGAUGAUGGUUUCAAGAUCAUAACAGAGAUUCCACCGGACGACAGCGAUGUUAGUGAUGCGUUCACAGAUGAAGAAGAUGAAGGUUUUGUUACAGGAGAAGAAUUAGCAGCGAAGAAGAAACAGUUAGACUUAAAAAGACAGCUGAAGAAACCCCUCCUGAAAAUUAUUGAUGAUUUUGGUAUUGAUGAUACUGCCUUGCUUGGAAGAACAAAGGAAAAAGAGGAAGUUAUUAAUAAACCAGCCAAAAAAUUAAAGGGAUCCUAUAACACACUGACUUUAGCUGCCCAGAAGAAACCGAGGGAGGAAGUUGUUGUAAUAGAUUACACCAAAAAACGAGGAUCUGGAAAGAAGAAAAAAGACCAAGAGGAGGAGAGUGAGGAGAAUGCAGAAGAAUCCCCAGGGCUGGUGAUAACAGGAGAGGAGGAUAUGAAGAAAUUAAGGUUUGAAGUUAUGAAGUUUGGCAUGACUGGGUUCCAGAAGAAGAAACAAGAGGACGAGAGAAUUAAUCUGGCAAUAAGACUGGGAGCAAAACCACCCAAGAAUGAGGCUAUCAACUAUAAGCAGUUGAUAGAAAUAAGGAAAGAAGAGAAACGGAGAGAGUUGGAGGAACAGCAGGCUAAACAGGAAGCAGGACUUCAGUUUAAGAAGUCCUCAAAGAAGAAGCAGUUUUCAAAGAAUAAACCACGAAACGUUAAUAAGGUGAAAGGGAUUGGAGGACAAAUUGGCCGUGAAAAGAAUGGAAUGCGAAUACUCUCGAAGAAAGAUAUUGAAAGAAUUAAUGCUUCCUAGACCACAUAGUCAUUUAUUUUCAACAUUAGAUAUAUAUAUAUAUAUAUGAUGAUGUGUAACUAAGCAAAAUAAAAGUUUCAACAAUGAUUUAAAAA